UUAAUUUGGUCCUUAUUUUUGUUUUGACUUAUGCAAUAUCUUCUAUACUAAAGUCUAGAUCUUCGCUGCAUUUAAUUAUUAUUUUCGUUAAAUAUUAGAUGCUAUCCUUUUAAUUUGAAGUCAAGGAUAUGAGUAAUGAAUAAAUUUGUUGCUUGCGCUUAUUCUCUAAAUAUUACCAAAUUUAAGAUAUUUUCAAUUUUAUAACAUACUAUUAAUUAUAUUGACUAUUUUUAAAAAGUCAAAACAAUUAAAACGUUUUAGGCAACAAAGUAACUUUUUGACCCAUCAUGCUCCUAUUUAUACCCCCUAUAAUUGUAUGUAGUGUACAUCAUUAAACAAAAAUCUUCCUCACUAACACCGUUUUGAACAAACUACACAAGAAAUUGUUUCACAACUCAGAAAAUAUGAACAAUCCUCGCGUAACUAUUGCAGUAUUCUUGGCAGCAAUUGUUUUCACUGCAUAUUUUUCACAUUUUGUGGUGGAGGGUAAGAAAGAAAUCAUAAUCUCAUUCAAAUGCAAACAGAAAUCAGAAUGCUUAACAAACAUUGCUUGCCAGGCUUGUGUUGAUUGCCGAUGCGAUAAUGGAAAAUGUAAAUGUCAUGGUUUCAAAGAAGAAAUCGCGAAUCCAACGGUUUCUCCAUUAGGAUCUUGAUUAACUAAUUAAUUUCCUAUGUAAACUAUCAUUUUAUUUGUAAUGCAAAAUAGUAAUUUAAAUAAAAAUAUAAUUUUGGUCUAAA